AAAGAGAGAGAGGAGAGAGAGAGAGACUGCUUUCGUUUCUCAAGUGCCCUAAAGAGGCAGGAACCCUCAGCUCUUUCAUUCCCCCCCAAAAAAAGCAAAAUAAAAAGAACUCCCAGUCUCUCUCCUAAGUAUGGUGAGACUUAAGGAUACAUUUGAGGGCUAAGAUUUUUGUUUGUUUGCUUGUUCUUGUCCCGGAAAGCAUCAAAUGUCCAGGCUGAGCUGGUCCCUGAAACACCCCGUACUUUGGAGGAGGCGAUGGGCUGUCCCCUCCUUCCCACAGUUGGGCUGGGAUGGCCCGCCCUCCAGACCUGGGCCCAGCGCCCAGCUCCCCAGCCACUGUCUGCGGCUGAGAGAUUAGGAGAGACCUGCCUAGCAGGAGGUCUCGGAGUGCCUUGACAGGAGUCUGGGCGGCCUGAGCCCUGCAGACAUGCACCCUGGGGUGGAGACGAUUCUGCCGAGAUGAAUGAAACGCCCACCCCCAGUGUGGGUGUAGAGGGUUCAGGAUUCCGCUGGAAGAAUCUCAACCAGAGUCCCGAACAGCAGCGGAAAGUGCUGACUUUGAAGAAGGAGGAAAACCAGACGUUCGGCUUUGAGAUCCAGACAUACGGCCUUCACCACCGGGAGGAGCAGCGUGUGGAGAUGGUGACUUUUGUCUGCCGGGUUCAUGAGUCAAGCCCCGCCCAGCUGGCUGGGCUCACGCCAGGGGACACCAUCGCUAGUGUCAACGGCCUGAAUGUGGAAGGUAUCCGUCAUCGAGAGAUUGUUGACAUCAUUAAGGCAUCUGGCAACGUGCUCAGGCUGGAAACUCUGUAUGGAACUUCGAUCCGGAAGGCGGAACUGGAGGCUCGCCUGCAGUACCUGAAGCAAACCCUGUAUGAGAAGUGGGGAGAAUACAGGUCCCUCAUGGUGCAGGAGCAGCGGCUGGUGCAUGGCCUCGUGGUGAAGGACCCCAGCAUCUAUGACACGUUGGAGUCGGUGCGCUCGUGCCUGUACGGGGCUGGCCUGCUCCCCGGCUCGCUGCCCUUCGGACCCCUGCUGGCCGCGCCCGGGGCCCCCCGCGGGGGCUCGCGGCAGGCGGGGGGCGACCCCGAGGACGCCGUCUACCACACCUGCUUCUUCGAGGGCGCCGAGCCGCCCGCGCCGCCGCCCCCGCCGCCGCCCCCCGCCCGCGCGCCGGCGCUGGGCCCGGCCGAGUCGCUGGCCCCGGGGCUGCGGGCGGGGCUGAGCCGCAGCGCCAGCGUGCGGUGCCCGGGCCCCGGGGGCGGCGGCGGCGGGGGCGCGCCCGGCUCGCUCUGGACUGAGGCCCGCGAGCAGGCCCUGUGCGGGCCCGGCCUGCGCAAAGCCAAGUACCGCAGCUUCCGCCGGCGGCUGCUCAAGUUCAUCCCCGGACUGAACCGCUCCCUGGAGGAGGAGGAGAGCCAGCUGUAGGCGGGGCGGGCGGGAGGUAUUUAUUUAUUUAUUCGUUCCAGCCGGUGCAGAAAGCCAGGGGGCGCGGGCCAGGGAGGCUGGCACCCGGCCGCGGGGGGACCCCAGGAGCCCAGAGCAGCGGGAGAGGGUCCUGGCCAGCAGCUGGGUGGCCGGCUGGACUCUGCCCAGCGCUGAACCCCGGCCCCAGACGCCUUUCCUGCUCCCUUAACCACCGUGGGAGCUGGCGCAGGGAGAGCCAGCCGGGCUCGGGGCGGGGAGGUGUUCGGGGGCCAUCCUACAUCUGGUCAGCAGUGCCUUGUGGGGUGUCCAGGAAAACUCCUCCCGGAGGAGGACCCUGUCCCACGAAGCCUCUCCUCAGCUUUACUCGCCCCCUGGGCCUUGCUUGGGGAGAAAUGGCCUAUGGCCUGUAGUCCCCCCACCUUCCAUACGCACAGUUCCAGCUAACGGUCCCCUCGCCCAGAGGCCUGCAACUAAGCUGGGUUCUCUGCCCCUUGGGGGACAGAAAUGGGCAUGUCCAGGUGGGGUGAGGGCAGGACCGGCUGUCCCACCAUUUUGCAUUUUGUUGCUUCUGAACCACAAACUGUAUAAAAUGGACGGUUUUUGCAUC